GUUCGAUAUGGCAAUCCUCAGUACAUUCAUUUUUUUUCAGAUCCUUUGGUAGAAGUUGGAAUUUCGUGCAUAUUUCAUGCGCAACAAAAUAUCGGUUAUUUGACAUUAGGAUGUCAGAUUGUCCUCCUGUUUUCAUUGGGUUAAAUUCACACUAUGAAUCGGAAGCCCAAGAAAACGUUUAUUCUCUAAUUCAGUUUCUUUACGAAAAGCAUCAGGAAUUCGAUCUUGAAGGCUCUUCAACAGAAACCUACAUUCUACCAAAAGACGAGUUAACAUUAAUCCAGCUAGUCGUACGUGACAUUGAAAAAGAUAAAUGCCCUAUAGGACAAGAAGACAUAUCACAAUUUUGGUAUCGAAUAUGUCGCUAUCGUCUGUAUCGGCAACGACCUCUUGUAGACGACAAUGAAUACUUGUUUUGUAUCAAGGUUGAAGAAUAUUUGAAGACUAAUAAUUUAGUUGACCGAGUUUUAAUUUCUCGUCGCCUGUUAGAGGAAUUUUCCGAAAAUUCUGCAUUGAAGACUAAGUUGUUCUACCAACGUUAUAUUGUCCAGUCGAACAAAUUGGAUUGGUUUGAGUAUCUAAUGGUAGAAAUUAUGGCAGAUUUCAAUGUACCUCACUUAUGCUUUCCAUUUCUUCCAACGAAUGAAUGCAAAUUCUAUUGCCUUCGGCGAUGUGAAGUUGAUUUCAACACUAGAUACAAGGCAAGUUGUCUUAUAUGCUUAUUUUCUUCAAUAUUCAGGAAUGUGUUUUACUUGAAACUCUUCUUAGUUAUCUUGGACUUGCAGUUAAUAUUAAGGAUUCUUUACGCUUCCUAAGAAUACUCAACUUACCUUACCGAGCUUUGGAUGAACGAACUUUUACCUCUCUUCGAAAGUUGGCUCGACAGGACAAUCUAUCCGUAACUCAAGUAGCCAUCUCGUUUGUUGGCCGCUUGCGGUUAGGGGAAUCCAGCUAUGCUCCCGAAGUUGACCAUCCGCUUCGUCAGUGGUCUUCAGGUUUAAUUCACCUGGUAGAUUCCAUCAAUAGGUGUCACGAUAUAUUAUCUGGUGCUGCUGAUGAUAGUUUGUUGGCAUCUGGUACCGUUAAUUCACUAAUGACCAUUGAUGAAGCUGUAAAAUCUGUGUCUCAGUGUAUUCGUGCUUCAUGUGGGAUUUUGCGGAAACCUGGCGUAGUUGAUAAAAAUAUGCAUGCGAAAACCAAUACAAUUAUUAAUCUUGCAGAAAUCACUAAUGUGUGUGAGGGUCUUAUCAGACGUAUUUAUCAACUGUCUUCCACAAAUUUUAUUUCAAAGAUGUGCUGUGAUACACCGGACAGACCCUUACUUGCUGGAGGAAGUGUACGAGGUAGAGGAGCUUAUAAACUUAUACGUAUAUUACUUGUAACUGAAUCUGAAAGACUGAAAGUCAAUUCGACCAAAUUUCACAAUACAUUGGUUACAACAAAUAGUCCAUAUUCAUCUAAUGGUUGUUCAGUUACACCUCCGAAUCACUUAAAAAAGUCCAAUACACCAACUACCGAUGGUCGUACAUGUAAACUACUUCAGAUGUUUAUAUCUCCAUCUACACCGAUUGUAAAUAAAUCAUCACCAUUCAUCAGUGACCAUGUUUCUCCAAAAAUCCGAAUGAUUCAUGAAAAUAAAUGUCUUGCAAUGCCUGAACGAAUUGUUUUGUCUCGUUAUCAAUCUAACUUAGAGUGGGUUAGCGGUCAUUGUUCCCCUUUAAUCGGUUAUUCGUAUUCUAUUGAUGAAACUAAUUCAUUGCCAUGCUGGGGAGUUGUCGAUGAGAAUUCACAAUCCAAUAUAUCACUUGUUACUAAAGGCUAUUCUGUACAUGGAACUCCAACUAAAUUAUCCAGUAUGAACAAUAAACGAUCAAGAACGUUAUUCACAGAAAACAACAGCAAAAUCAGUGACAUUAGUAAUGUACACACUGACUCGGUUGUUAGUGAAAGUAGUAAAUUAGAGUCUCAAGCAAUGAACAAGUGUGAAAGAAGAUCACGACAAAAUACUAAAAAUUCUAAUCGUCAAAAAAAUCAGUCGAAAAAGGCUUCAUCUGUUGUUUGCACAGGACAUCAACAACAACGUUCUUUACUGGAAUAUUUUAAAAUGCAGUGAUUUUUUUGUGAAUUAUAUGUUUAUUUUUUUUGACCAACGAACUACACAUCAUGUCUUUCUGUUUUGUGUCUCUUUUGUCUUGAUACUCGUUUCGUAUUGUUAUUCUUUAUCCAUACUUUGUGUUAUGUUCACUUCAAUGGUUUAUACUAACAUUUAUAUGUAUUUAUUUGACUAAUUUUAUUGCUUCUCA